AUGCGGCCGUUUUGUGAUAGCACCGGUAAAUGCGGGUUUAUCCUAGGUGGCAAGGUGGAUUACGAUAUAAGCCAGAAUAUUCACUUUGUACGAUUUGAAACUUUUGGACGAUAUGCGCUAGACUCUAGGGUGGCCUUCCUUUGCAUUGCGAUUAGCCGCCAGAUGAUCAACCUCGACCAGGCCGGCCAGUUCACAGAAACAUCUCCGGAGGCGUACGGCACGGGCCUUGGCGGGUUAUCAAUAAGGAAGGAAUACAUAACCAGGAACUCAUCCCAAGAUAUGCUAGCCGCAGACGAUGGCUAUAUCGGGGGCCAUGGGACACUCUCGGACGAUCAGGCCACGUUUCCAAUCGUCGCGGGAGACCAGGCCGUGUAUAGUCGAAAUUAG